GUUUCUUUCUUCUUUAUCUCCUUCUUUGUAUUUUCUGACAUUAAAUCUAUCUGUGUUUUCUUGCUUAUUAUCUAAAGGACAGAGUGUCUUUAAGUAUUUUUUUGGGCUAAAAUCGAAGUUGGGUGUGUUGAAAACUGUUGGGUUUAUAAUUUAUUUGAAGGUUAAGUGUUGGGAAUCUCUAUUUCGGCCAAAAUCUGAUGAAAAUGGAAAUUCGACCUUUGUUUGUGCUAAAUCUUGUAGGAUAAUAUUAUUUGAUGGUUAAAGUUUAUUUUAAUUCGUUGCAUGUCGAGAAAAAGCUUGAAGAACUCAACAUUCUUUAUAUUCUGUGAUUUGAAAUCAGUGUUAGUGAACUGGGUUUCUUACUCGAUUUUUUUUGUUUCAGUUUGUCAUUUUUUUUAACUAAAAGGUGAAUGAUAUUUUCUGUUUCAAUAAGUUAUUUCAGCUUGUUCUUCUCUCUUAGCAGCAUUUCUCAUUAGCAAAAUGUAUCGUUUUGUAGCAAAUCUUGCUUCCAAAGCCAGGUAAUAUUCACAUUUUAUAACUUGGAUUUUUCUGUUAGAAAAAUGUAUUCUUUAUUACUUUUAAGAAAUACCCAUUUUCUUGUUUUUCUUUUUUGUGUUAGAAAAAUGCAAUCUUUAUUACUUUUAACAAAUACCCAUUUUCUUGUUUUGUACAGAGUGGCAAGAACCAACACCCAACAAAUUGGUGGAAGGUUAAAUUGGAGUGGAAGUUAUGCUGCAAAGGAUACUAGAUUUGGUGUUGAAGCUCGAGCUGCAAUGCUUCAAGGUAUUGAAGAACUUGCUGAUGCUGUUAAAGUCACUAUGGGUCCAAAGGUGGUGUGGAGUAUUAUUUUCUCCCUUGGAAUAUGGAAACUGAAGCUUCUUUUGGUAUUUGUAAUUUCUUAAGGCAAUUCAGCAGUUCCACUGCUGCUAGAAAAGUUGAUUUUACAGACCUUACAUAAGAAUUGUAUCUCAUUUCUUGUUUACUGCAUGAAAGUAUAUAUGAACCUUUUUGUUUGUACAUAUUAAAAGAUAAAAAAAGUAUAUCAUCUACUGUUGUACUAUGAUAUUUCUACUGUAAUCGAUUUCAAAUUGCAGUCAUCCGCAUAAAUGGUAUCCGCAAAUUGCAGUCAUAUUUAUGCAUUGGAGGUGAUUUUCUUUAGCAUCACUGUGGUUAGUCUUUGUGUAUCUUUUAUAAAAGCUGCAUUGCUGUUGAUGUUCUAUGUUGUUACUGGUGUGCUUUUAGUACAGUAUUUUUAGCAUUUUUGUACUGCUAAUGCUAAUGAAAUGCAGUGCAAAAAUGCUAGUUUUUCAGCAUUUCUACACUGCGUUUUCAGCAUUUCUGCACUGCGUUUCAGCAUUUCUGCACAAUUUUCAGCAUUUCUGCACAGCGUUUCAGCAUUUCUGCACAGUUUUUCAGCAUCUCUGCACUGCGUUUCAGCAUUUCUGCACAAUUUUUCAGCAUUUCUGCACUGCGUUUCA